UAUUUUUGUCAUGAAAGUACACUGUAGGAGGAAGGCCCCUGAGGCUCAUUGUAACCACGUUCUUCACCAGUGGACAGCUCAGCUGAUGAAAAAUGGACCCAGAAAAUAGUGGCAGGGCAGGUCUUGCUCUCCCAAACCCACAAGGGCCCUCCAGUGUACCUGAAAUUGAACUUUCAGAAGUAUCUCUCCAUGAAAACCCCUUACUGCAGAAGGCUGCCUCAUCCCCACCAUGCCACACAUGGCUGAUAUUUUUGAAGAGGGAACUGGAGUUUCUGGGGGUAACACAAAUUCUGGUUGGCUUGAUAUGUCUUUGUUUUGGAACAAUUGUCUGCUCCGUGAUCAAUAUUUCAGAACUUAAGGAAGAUGUUUUUUCAUCAUUUAAAGCAGGCUACCCAUUCUGGGGAGCAGUGUUUUUUGCUAUUUCUGGAUUUUUGCCAAUUAUGUCUGAAAAAAAACACACUACCUGUCUGGUGUGGGGAACCCUGUGGGCCAACACUGUCAGCAGCAUAGCUGCCGGAAUAGGAAUCUUCAUCCUGACAGUCAACCUGAAGAAGAGCUCUGCUUUUAUCUACAACUGCCAGGAAGUUUACGGAGAGGACUUCUGCUUUAUGGCUUCUUUUUCCACUGAAAUUGUGGCAAUGAUCCUGUUUCUCACCAUUCUGGGAUUUUGUAGUGCUGUCUCCCUCAUAAUCUAUGGGGUUGGAGAAGUAGUCCAAGGGAACAAGAUUACAGAAGAUCGUCUUUAUGAAGAAUUAAAUAUAUAUUCACCGAUUUACAGUGAGUUGGAAGACAAAGUGGAGGCCUCUUCUCCCGCUGAUUCAUAAGAAUUGUGUCUUCAGACCAUCCUGACUCACAGCAAAAGUCUAGAAUAAGCCAAGAUCUUUGUUUAAGGGGCUACCGGCAAAAUUUCAGUUCUGUCUAUGGUCUGCCAGGUUUACAUUAAGACUUAUUCUCCAGAUGGUAAUAUUCUGUCUGAUGUUUCUGUUCACCUGAACUUCCUCCUACCCCGUCCAUUUGUGGAUAUGUGAUAGACUUCUACUUUUCUUGUUUCCUAUUGCUGUCUCAUAAAGGAACUUUUGUGGGAAGUCAACAUGUAAUCAGCAAGUAUUUGCUAUGUGCCUGUAACAUCCACUAAACAAGCAGAAGGCUGGUUGAGAGCUGAGUCAAACUUUGUCAGUUUUGGAACACCUGGGUGACUCAGUCAGUUAAGUGUCAGACUCUUGAUUUUGGCUCAGGUCAUGAUCUCAUGGGGUUGCGAGAUUGAGUCCCAUGUCAGGCUCCUCACUCAGUGGGGAGUCUGCUUGUGAUUCUGUCUCUCCCUCUUCCCCUGUCCCUUCUCCCACUCCUUCUCUUUCGAUCUAAUAAAUAAAUAAAAUCUUUAAAAGAAAGAGUUUGACAGUUUGAUCAUAUUUGGCUCUUAGCCCUUUUCAGAGUUCACAAGAGCUACACAUGUGGUUGAUAAAUGUCCCCCUACUAUGAAUUUGGAGGUGAGAAGGAGAGCAACUUAGCAGAUAAUUAGCAUUAGGAGGAUAGUCAGAUGGAGAUUUGAAUAGAAUCCUGUAUGCUUGUAUUAAUCAUUUUGACGAAUAUUUAUCAUAUCAGCUUAACAAUGGAUGCUUCCUGCUUACUUAUGUGUGAUCUUCUAUGGAGAAACCAACAUGGAAUGCUGAAGGACCAUCCAUCUUAUAAAAUGCUUUGGAAUCCCAGGACUAUAGCUUAUUAGAGUGUGCAGAGGCAAGUUAUUUAAUUUUUUUGCUUGUUCUGGCUUUUCUCAUCUGUAAGAUUAAGACAUUAGGAGUAAUUUACCUGCCAGGAUAUUGGAAAUAAUUUACCUGCCAGGAUCUGUUGUGGGAACACACACACACACACACACCUUACCAUAUAUGUAACUUUUCACAUGCAAGUAUUUUGACAUCCCCUUAAUGAUAUCAUAUUUUUUCACAGACACAAAGUCUCAUAAAAAUCUGUAUUAUUUCCUGAAUCACCAGCACAUUCACUGACACAAUUUGUUCAAUAAUGUUUGCAGAUUGAUGAGUGGGCAGUGGGGAGUUUCACUAAGUUACUCAAUAUCUGAUGAGGUGGGUGGCUGAAAGCAGGAAAAUCAUAAAUGGAAAGAUCAUUUAAUGAAGAAUGUGAAAUGAAAAUAAAUUAAUGAAGACCUGAGCUGAAAUGGAGUCAGUGGGAGUGGAGAGAAAUGGUCAUACCUAAAACACAGAGUGAAAGAGAAAUUGGUAGAUCUUGUUAACAAGUUGAAUUAAAGGAUAAAGUUAGACAAGCAACCAGUUGAUGAACACAUUCUGUCAUUGGGUCUCAGGUCAAAGGAGGCCACCUGCCAAAGUCAAAAGAACUGAUAGGAAGCCAGAAAUAUGAACUGACGAGGGAGGAACACAGAUAGACCUAAAUUAAGCUCAGUCUCAGACUUUCAUUUUUAGGAGACCAAAGAGAAAUGCCAUGGAGUGAGCCUGAUUGUCCAAUACAGAGUUUGGGGAAAGAUGAAAUUUGGUGUCAUUAUGAGAGAGAUCAUCGUUAAAUGAAGCCAUUUAACACUCUGAGGAAAUUAUUUUGAGAUAAAAGUGAAGCCAAGUUAACCUUCGAAUAUGGAUAAUCACAGGGAAAAGAAGAAGGAAAAACAAAUCUAGGCUAGAAGUUACAAUAAUUAGUCAGAAAAGUGCACUGUGAAACAGCAGGCAGCAGGCAGCUCAAAGUAAAGAGAGGCCCAGUAAAGGUAGAAUAACUCACCAUCAGUGACAGUACCUGCUGGUUUGGGCAAGAGAGACGUCUGUAGGAGAAAUCUUGCCCCCCGGCAUGGUUGAGAGAGAAGUCUGCCUCCAGGUGAGGCACAAAGAUAGGGCAGAGCCGAUAGCAAUGGUGAAUGGAUGCCAGAGUCACAGAGAAAUUCAAACUACGGCAUGGUAAGUAAGUGAAUAAGACUUUUGCAGAGACGUUUAUAAAGGGCGUAUGUGAUAUGAGAAGUACGAAAAUGAGCAGCAAGACAUGGAGAAAAGUAAGCUAAAUAUUUAUGUUGCUGCUGCUGUCUUUGUUAUUAAGAGGAGGAAAAAGGAGCUCACAGCUUAGGCUAAGCAGAUGAGUCCUGAAAAAUCAUUUUGUGGUAAUAUUCACAAGUCAUUAAUAAAAUAAUUAUGCUUUAUGUACUUAGAGUGCCAAAAUUAGAAAGUGACAGGAAGAUAUUAGCUUCCCCAGACUAAAGAAGUGAUCGCAUGACCACACGCUUGGUUUGCUUACCCAAUCCAGUCCCUCAGGUUUUCUACUUUCAUUUAUCUUUUCCUUCCUUCCUUUCCUUUUUUUUUUUUAAAGAUUUUAUUUAUUUAUUUGACAGAGAGAGAUCAC